AUGUAUCCACCUCGACUAACAAUGAAUUUCAUCCAUUUUUUGGCUGUUUUCUCCGUUUUAUUCGCUUCCGCCAGUGCUCUGCUAGGACUUAUUGGUUCCAAACAAGGUGUCACUGUCACUGGAAGACUCAUUUGUAAUGGACAACCAGCUAGCGGAGUGCUAGUGAAAAUGUAUGAGGAUGGAACUAUCUACGAUAGCAAACUGGACUCCCAAAAAACUGGUGCUGAUGGAACCUUCCGAGUUUCUGGCUCACAGAACAAAAUCCGAACAAUUGAUCCAAAAGUGAAUAUUUAUCACAAGUGCAAUUACAAUGGGCUCUGCUCCAAGAAGGUUUCUAUCAACAUUCCAAAGAGCGCAGUAGUCAGUGGAUCCGGCAAUAACGCCCGCAAUUAUGAUAUCGGAACGAUCAAUUUGGCUAACCGAUUCAGCGGAGAAUCUACCGAUUGUAUUCAUUAG